CCCCGCGGCUCCCGUCCCGUCCGUCCCCGCGCCCGCAGGGCCCGCCUUCCCCCGCCGCUGCCGCUCGCAACAUGGCUGCUGCGCUGGGCAGGCUCCUGCGGGCCGCGGCCCCCACCGUUGCCGCCACCGCCGGGAAGAGGCUGACGGCGCGGCCCCUGCCCUGUGCCUGCCGCCACUUCAGCCUCGGCUGCUCGCGGUUUGCUCCAGCGGUCACGCAGCAUGCCCCGUUUUUUAAGGGAACGGCUGUCGUUAACGGAGAGUUCAAGGAGCUGAGCCUGGACGACUUCAAGGGGAAAUACCUGGUCCUCUUCUUCUACCCCCUGGACUUCACCUUUGUCUGCCCCACAGAAAUUGUGGCUUUCAGCAACAAAGCAAAUGAAUUCCGUGAUGUGAACUGUGACGUGGUGGCAGUUUCUGUGGAUUCCCAUUUUUGUCAUCUGGCCUGGAUAAAUACUCCACGAAAGAGUGGUGGUUUGGGUAAAAUGAAUAUUCCAGUGCUGUCGGACCUCACAAAACAGAUCUCUCGUGACUACGGUGUGCUGCUAGAAGGACCUGGCAUAGCACUAAGAGGUCUGUUCAUCAUUGAUCCAAACGGGAUCAUCAAGCAUCUAAGUGUCAAUGAUCUCCCUGUGGGUCGCAGCGUGGAAGAGACUCUCCGCUUGGUGAAAGCAUUCCAGUAUGUGGAAACACAUGGAGAGGUUUGCCCAGCAAACUGGACUCCAGACUCCCCUACAAUCAAACCAAACCCAGAAGGUUCUAAAGAAUAUUUUGAGAAAGUGCAUAAAUAAACAGUCAAAUGAUGUGGACAAAAUGUAGGCACUGUAAAGUUGAAGACAUUAGGGAAGAAGCUGUGAUUGUGAAAAUUAAAAAGAAAAUUAAAUCAAAAGUUCUUAUGUUCUGAUGCUUAAAAAAAAUUAAACACUGAAAUAUUUACUGA